AUGUCUGGCCAUGAAUGUGCACCGUGUGGACGACAAUUUAGGCUCUACCAGCAUUACCAAGACCACAUGAUUCAUUCUUCUCAGCAUCACUACUGUGCACCAUGCCGCCGCGACUUCGUAUCUCAAAACGCGCUGGACAGUCACCUUCGUCACUCCGAACGACAUUUGAUCUGCAAGUGGUGUCAGACCGUCGUUGGAAAACUUCGCAUCCAUAAUCGACGCCAUCAUGAGCAGUGUUCGGAGUGUGACCAAUGGCUCGAAAACGCGACCGAUGUCCAUCGGCAUUGCGCCUUAGCUCAUUCCGAGGUAUACUGCGUUCCAUGCAGAAGACUUUUCGGAAACCCUAACGAGUUGAAAAUGCAUUUGCGAUCGUCCGCUCAUCGACCAAGGAAUAUCGAGUGUGUUCAUCCGGCUUGUAAUCGAAGCUUCAUCAGCAAAGCAGCCCUAGUCCAACAUCUCGAAGCAGACACCUGUCCAUCUGGAGCCAGCCUGCAGAAAGUCGACCACUACUUCAGCUACCAUUGCGACCGAAGCCAACGAUUCGUCAGAAGGGACUUGCUCUUCCAUAGCUCCCUACGGCUAGAGCACAACCUUCGCGACAACAACGGCCGCUAUCCCUGCCAGCUUUGCUCGAAAGUUUUCCAGCACAAGGGCGAACUUGUUGCGCAUGUCAAGAGUUCGAAACACAAGAAUCUCGGCGAUAAAGCCUACAAAUGUCCUUCCAACCGCUGCGGACAGGCCGAGUUUUACAGUCUGGGCAAUCUGAUGAUGCACCUCGACUUCGGCGAUUGUGACGUGUCCCAUGCACGCGAAUUGUACGAACUAGUCGACGACUUGUUAGAGAUUGUGAGACGGCUCUAG